UUAAGUCUACAAACACAGCAUGCAGAGAGUUUCAGUAUGACAUUCGUUACACAUUAAUCAAUAACGGAAAUGCCUAAUUCACCAUAUCCGGUGCUAAGUCCAGAAGAGAGAGAUACUGUACUACAGUGGGUUCACAAGUUCAAACUGUCCAGCCCGAUAAAGAAGCUCAGUCGGGACAUGUCCGAUGGAGUCCUGGUUGCCGAAAUUGUCCACCAGCUGUUUCCACGUCUGGUUGAUCUACACAAUUACACGCGCGGAUUCUCGAUCGCCCGAAAGCUGGACAACUGGGAAACGCUCAACAGGAAGGUCUUCAAGAAGCUGGAGCUGGGACUUACACCUGAAGUCAUUAAUGCUAUCGCAAGUGGACAACCGGGGGCAGUUGAUGUGGUACUUUUGGAGAUUCUGAUGCGAGUUGAUACGGCCGCUGAACGGCCGUGAGUAAUGAGAUUGGUUGAGUUUGAAUAAUAGUUGUUUCUAUAUUUUAA